AUGCUUACCUCGCUCCCGCUGCUGGCAGCAGCAGCAGCAGCGGCCAUCCAGGGCGUCAACGCAGCCGACGCAGAUUCGUGGCGCAGCCGUUCCAUCUACCAGAUCGUCACAGACCGUUUCGCUCCACCGUCAUCGGACGCGCCAGCCCUCACCAGCGGCCUCGUGUCACCUUACACCUGUGCCGCUGGGGCUGGUACAUACUGCGGCGGCAACUGGCGGUCCAUUAUCGACAAACUCGACUAUAUCGAAGGCAUGGGCUUUGACGCCAUCUGGAUUUCACCCAUUAGUCUCAACAUUGACUAUGCGACUCACUGGGGCUGGGGAUACCACGGCUAUUGGGUCAUCGACCAAACCAAGCUCAAUGCGCACUUCGGUGACGGUGACGACCUCGCUGCUUUGGUGACUGCCCUUCACGAUCGCGACAUGUUGCUCAUGGUCGACAUUGUUGUUAACGAUGUCGCCGCGACCAGUACUUCGACGUACACUAGCACGUCUGCCCUGCAGAGUGGCGGGUACCUCUUCACAGAGGAAGAGUAUUAUCACCCCCUCUGUUGGGUGGACGAGAACAACCAGACCUCUGCCGAGGACUGCUGGAUGGGCGACAGCAACGUCCCCUUGAUGGAUGUCAACACGGAGAACAGCUACGUGAUCUCAACAUACGAGACCUGGAUUUCAGAACUCGUGUCCAACUACAGCAUCGAUGGACUGCGUCUCGACGCAGCUAGGAAUGUCCGUGCCGCAUUCUGGCCCGGGUUCUGCUCAGCUGCCGGCGUCUUCUGCAUCGGUGAAGUCUUUUCGGGCUCGACCAGCUCUGUUGCCGAAUAUCAAACUGGCGGCUACCUCGACGCGACCCUCAACUAUCCUUGGUACUACGCCUUGACCAACGCUUUCAGUCCGACAAAGUCCAUGUCGUCCCUCAUCAGCUACGUCUCCCAAAUUACCUCUGAAUUUUCAAACACGGCGGUCCUGGGCAACUUCCUGGAGAACCAGGACAACACUCGUUUCCGCAACGUCACCACCGAUGCCCAGCAGGCAUAUAACGCCCUGGUUGGCCAGUUCCUGUUUGACGGUAUCCCCAUCGUAUACUAUGGCCAGGAGCAAGAGAUCUCCUUUGGGUCCACAGACCCUUACAACCGCAACGCACUUUGGGAGGUGGGAUACGGCACUACCACGACGUCCAAGUACAUGACCACCCUCAACAAGAUUCGCAGCGCACUCGUCAGCAGCUCAUGUGCCCAACUCAACUGCAGCAGCUCGUACCUGGACGACAAGUCUACUGUCAUUUCUAGCACUAGCAACGACGUGGCCAUCCGCAAGGGUCCUAUUAUCAUCUCCCUUACCAACCGCGGUGCUAGCGCCAGCUCGGCCACCUUCUCCAUCACGGGUACGACCUGGUCGGGUGGUGUCGCCAUUGUCGACCUCCUCUCGUGCUCCACCGGCACAACCAACUCGGACGGCUCGAUCAGCGUGACGUACUCGUCCGCUGCUGGAUAUGGUCGGCCGUACGUAUUUGCCCUAGCGGCCGAUGCUGCGUCGCUCGGUCUUUGCUCCACGAGUACGACCGCGUCGUCAACGACCGUGCAAUCGACCAGCACCAGCACGUCAGCCAAGACGACCACGACUGCCACUUCAGCCUCUACAACAUCAGCAGCCGCUGCGAGCUGCACCGCUGUAGCAGUCACUUUCAACGAGGUUGUGACCACCACGUACGGCGAGACCAUCAAGAUUUCGGGAAACGCCACGGCUCUCGGCAGCUGGGACACGAGCAAGGCCAUCACGCUGUCGGCGGCAAACUACACGUCCAGUGACCAUCUGUGGCACGUGACGGUGAACCUCACACCGGGUUCCACUGUGUUGUACAAGUUUAUCAAUGAGGCGGUUGACGGCACCAUCAGCUGGGAAAGCGACCCCAACCGCUCGUUCACAGUGACCAGCGGAUGUACCGCCGAAACAGUCGGCGACACCUGGCGUUAG